CUUGAAUUAAAUUAACAAAAACAGUCACAUACUUCAAAAAUUAAAAUCCACCCAUCCCUAGUUCAAAGAAACCUAGCCACACAUGUUUAUGUUCUCAACAGCCAUGAAAAAUAAAUCCCAACAGAAAAUCAUAAUAAAAAGAAAUCAGAAACAACAAAACCCAAACGGAGAAUUGCAGUUGCCGAAUGAUGUGCUGUGGUCGGGAUCUCCCAAGAAGGCUGGGCGGCAGCGUGGCUGGGCGGAGAAGAGCAAGGCUGGGCGGCGGCUGUCCUCUUCUGCUGCUGGUGAACAACAGAGGCGGGUGCUGGGAUUUUGGGCGGCUGGGUGCUCUUGACCUUGCGCAGAACAACCUCCUCUCCUUUCCCGUCUGUGUGGCCUAUAUAUAUCUCCCAGAAAUUAGAAACCCCUUAACCCUAGCAGACAUGGGAAUUGGGCUUUGGGUUUGGGCCUGAACUGCAGUUGGCCCACUCUUUAAAAAAACAUAGCCCGUCUCUUUAUUUCUGCACUGUCUGUAGUUAAAACCGUCACUUUCAACUUAAAUUCUGUAUCGAUACAGAAGGAAUUGGGUUGAGCUCAUAAAACAUCAAUUGUAGCUCUGCUUCUUAGCUUUCCAACGCCUGAAGAAUCAACUCAAUCCGAUACAUAGAGAAAAAGAUAUGGUUAAAUUACUGCAGU